CACAAAGUGUCAACCAUGAGACGAAUAUUCGAUUUGGCAAAGCUUCGGACCAAAAGAUCAGCACUUUUCCCAGCUAUUAAGAUCUGUCCACAGGAAUCCUUGAGACAGAUUUUAGCAAGUCUUCAAGCUUAUUAUAGACUGAGAGUAUGUCAAGAAGUAGUGUGGGAAGCGUAUCGGAUCUUCCUGGAUCGCAUUCCUGACACAGAGGAAUAUCAAGGCUGGGUCAGCACUUGCCAAGAGGAGACCUUCUGCCUCUUUGACAUUGGGAAGAACUUCAGCAGCUCCCAGGAGCACUUGGAUCUUCUGCAGGAGAGAAUAAAACAGAGAAGCUUCCCUGGGAGAAAAGAUGAAAUAGCUCCGAGGGAGACACUGGCAGAGCCCACCAAAACCCCUGUGUUACCCACAGAUGUUUCCAGCAUGUCACUGGGGCCCUUCCCACUCCCUCCUGAUGAUACACAGCUCAAUGAGAUUCUCGGUGACACCCUCAAAGAUAUCCAGAAGCCCACAAUGGAAAGCAAAUCAGAACCUACUCGUGUCUCUGAAUUUUCAUCAGAGGAGAAGGUGGAGUUCAGCAUCUCUCUGCCGAACCACAGGAUUAAGGCGGAACUCUCCGGGUCUCCAAACUACCAGGAGCUGGCGCGCCAGUACCAACUGCAGUUGCAAAAGGUAUUUAAGAAACUUCCAGGAUUCAGAGAAAUCCAGGUGAUAGGAUUUAGACCAAAGAAAGAAGAAGAUGGCUCAAGCUCCACAGAAAUACAACUUAUGGCCAUCUUUAAGAGAGACCGUGCAGAAGCAAAAAGCCCUGAUAGUGAUCGCCUGUCUUUUGAUUCCAACAAAAUUGAAAGUGAAAGAAUGCAUCCUCCUGGAACCAUAGAAGACAAGCAACCAGAAACCUACCUCACAGCUAUGGACCUCAAAAAACUCAUCAUACAAGUACUAGACGGAGACCGUUCCUUGAAUGUGGGGACAGUUCAGUUCAGUGAUGAAGUUGCUGGGACGUUGUCAGUCUCCAAACCUGUCACCCUAUCAGGACUGCCCAUUCCCCUUGCUGAUGUCAUUGAGGAUACUACUCCAAGUCCAGAACUUCCUUUCAGUGAACCUCAGUUUGAGACAGUGGACAGAGAUGGACCUGCCCUGCCAGGUAAGUUUCUUCCCAGUCAUCGUUCUCUGAGGACCCAUCAAUGUUCUUCCUCAAGAAGACUUGAGGUCUUCUCUGUGCUGGAAAGAAACCUCACUCGAAAAGCCAAUCAAAAGCGUGGUAUCCCGCUCCUGCUUCCUGUGCGGUCCCAAAAUCUACCUUCCUUUACACCAAGCAUCCUCUCUCUGGAUGAUCAAAGCUCCCCUCACCUGAUCACCACUGGCCAAACAAUCCUCAUCCCCGGACUCACCCUCCCCACCAGUGAUUACUCUACCAUCAGCCAGCUGCCUCUAGAAAUGUCACACUGGCCCGCAUCUUCCGGUGAGAGCGAGCUGAUUACAAGCAGCCGAGAUACAGUCAGAGACGGAGACGAAACGGAUGCGUCCGGCACUCCCGCCUUGUCAGAAGUAUCAGGACUGAGCGGAUACGGUUCCGCCCCGGGUCGUUUUGUGGAGACGACCACACCCGUCCCAGAGUUCCAGUACAUCACCACCAGCUCUGAGACGGUGGCCGUCAAGGGCCAGGAGCUGGUGGUGUUCUUCAGUCUGCGCGUUGCUAACAUGCCUUUCUCCUCUGACCUGUUCAACAAGAGUUCUCUGGAGUAUCAAGCCCUGGAACAACGAUUCACAGACCUGCUGGUUCCGUAUCUGCGAUCCAAUCUUACAGGGUUUAAGCAACUGGAAAUCCUGAGCUUCAGGAAUGGGAGUGUAAUCGUAAACAGCAAAGUGCGGUUUGCCAAGGCGGUGCCGUACAACCUCACACAGGCCGUGCGCGGUGUCCUGGAGGAGCUCCGGUCCACGGCUGCUCAACAACAGCUGGAUCUGGAAAUCGACAGCUACUCCCUUGACAUUGAACCAGCUGAUCAGGCGGAUCCCUGCAGAUUCGUAGACUGCGGCAAAUUUGCCCAGUGUGUGAAGAAUGAGUGGACAGAGGAAGCGGAGUGUCGCUGCAGACAGGGUCAUGAGAGGCACGGGGCCCUGGACUACCAGGACCUGAACUUCUGUCCCCCCGGGAAGACGUGUGAGGCUGGAGGAGGACAGGCAGCUCCAUGCAGGCCACCAGAUCACCUCACAAACCAAGCUCACAAACCAAGCGUGAAAAAAUUACGUCAUCAAAGUAAGGUAGCCAAGAAACGAAACUCCGAACUAUCAGCUAUAGGAUUUAAAGAAUCUGACCAUCAGGAUUGGGAAGGAAAUUAAAAACUGAAAUCAAACACAUUGUAUUUUAAACUAUGUUGAAAGACAAUUCUACUUCUUAAAGAAAAGUGUAUCCAUUCUGUUAGCUUCUGAAAAAUGGAGAGAGGUAUAUUCAGUCGUCAGGGAUAUCCUGGCAUGUAGUUAACACUGAGAACCAACAUGCUCCAACUACAGAAUAGUUAUGUAUUUGAUGACUGGUUAAGCAUGAGCAGGGGAAAAACAUUUAUUUUACUUAAAACAUUUGACUGUUUUUGGAUGGUACUCAUGUUGAAACAAAACAAAACAAAACAAAACAAAACAAAACAAAACACAACAGGAUGGCUUCUUUCUGUCUUUAUUACUUAAAGUUGAUUUCCAACAAGUGCAACUUGCUUUGUGAAUUGUACAGUGUUGAGGAUCAGGCUGUUUUAUGUUUUAAUGUAUACAUUUAAAAGAUUAUCAUUUGGGCUAGAGAUAUAGCUAAGUGUCUAAGAGUGUAUACUGCUCUUCCAGAGAACCUGAGUUUACAUCCCAACACCCAAAUUGCAUGGCACACACACACACACACACACAUUUAUAACUCCAGCUACAAAGAAUGCAAACACCCUCCUCUAGUCUUUCUACUCAUGUGCACAUAACCACAAACAGACACACCCACAUAAUUUAAUUAAUUAAUUAAUUAACUUUUAAUUGGGUGUGGGAAGACAGGCUAGAGAGAUAACUCAAUGGUUAAGAACAGAUGAUCUUCUCCCAGAGGGGUCCAGGUUCAGUUCCCAUCACCCCCAAGGCCGUUCACAACUAUUUAUAAUUCCAGCUCCAGGGGAUCCAAUACCCUCAUCUAACUGAUUGCUGCAGGCACCAGGCAGCCCUGUGCAGCACAUACAUGCGGAGAGGCAAAACACUCAUAUGCACAAAAUGUAAAAAAAUCUAAAUUUUAAAAAUAUUUUCAUUUUAAAGAUGAGCACUUGUAUGAGAGUCAGGUUUCUCGUGUAUGAUAUAGUAUGGGGCACUGUGAUGAUUACAUGUCUGUUCUACACUCCAGUCUCUCUCUCCCCCCUUCUCCUCCCUCGUGUGUGUGUGUGUGUGUGUGUGUGUGUGUGUGUGUGUGUUCUCUUCCUCCCUCCCACCCCCACCUCUCUCCAUUCUGGUUUUGUAUAAGCAGUUCUUGCUUACACAGUAGAUUAUUUUGUUGCUGAUGAUUUCGGAACUGCUCUACAAAAGAAAGGGAAACCGAGGCUCAGAAAUGCACAUCUUCCUGCUGCCGCCCAAAGGAAGGUUUGAAGGAAGACAGCACACCGGUGAGAAGCUGAAGAGACGUGGCCGGACAAUGGCAUAGGGUGCCCACUUUGCACCGGAUGAACAAUGUCUUCACUCUGCCCUGUACGCAUCUAUAUUAGCACCAGUGGAAUACAGUUCAGCAUUUAUUGUGCUGCUUGAUAAAAAAAAAAAAAAAUCAUAUCCCUGCAUCUCUUUCAAAUGUCUAAUUGUCAAAUAUAUUUGAGGCAAAAUCUUGAGUUUAAAAACGUAAGUACUAUAUUAAUAGAUUUAUAAUAAAAUAUAUCUGUAUUUUACUAGUCAUCCCAUGGAUUUGAAAAGCAAAUUAAGUAGGUCAUUUUAAUACUGCUAAGGUAACAAAAUAGUAAACACUGAGAACAAUCUUUAACAAGAAAGCUACCAAGCCAAAAUCAAAAUAUUUUCUCAUAAGGAAGACAGUAUUUUGACGGGAUACAAGACUUUUAAAUUCCUUCCUGUUGGUCUCACAAGUAAGGAGCACUCAUGUCCAUUCCUACUCCAGUCUUCCCACCAGUGAGGCCCUAUAUCUGGCAUAAGAGUGCCAAAUUGGUAAAUGGUGACAGGGGCACAGGGUGAAGAAUAGAGCAAGGAAGGAUAGACUGACCCAGUCCCAUAUCCCUGGGACAUCACAGAUGGAAACGGAAUUGCUGAAAGCAUGAGAGGUCAGCCCCAAGCAAGUGAAAUGCUUCCAUAAGGAGAGAAAAUUAUCUUCCCCUUCUGACCCCAGACACUCAUUCACAUUUCAGGCUUGUGCUAAGCAGUGCAGGACAGGGUUUUAUAGAGAAGCUAGGUGGGGAAAACAUUCUAUAUGAGGUGAAGAGAGGUCCCAAUUUAGGCUAAAUGCUUCUUACUCUUUAGAUCAUCUAUCUUCUGGCACCUAGAGAAAAGCAGUGAAGAAAGAGGUUAGCCUCCUUCCACUCUGAUACCCACCAGGAACACGGAAGAUUCGAACCCCUUAAUAGAGCAGGCUCUACAGACUGGUAUUCAAAACUUUAGGGAAUUGUCUUCUUUGGGUCGGGGGGAGGGGGGGUGUUACAAACUUUCUCUUCUCACAGAUCAGUCAGAGUUUGGAGUGAGACAUCCAAGACAUCCAAAAACGGAUGUUUGCUCCCAGUCUCAAAUGGGCUUAACAGUUCACACAGAGCCCUGCCUGUUCCCUGCAUGGAGAUUGCGAAAAAAAAAAAAAAAAAUUGGUAGAAAUUUUCAGUCCCCUGGAGUGCUUG